UUCUCUGCCACCCUUAUCGAAGUCAUAGCCGAGGAUAUAACACCGUGCGACUGCAGGCUAGCAGCAAAUGAGUGGGAAGGUGAUGAGUAUCCAAUCUUCGAGGCUAUCCCUAUUGGCCAACGAGGGUCAAAGGAACUACAUGUGUCUCUCGCCGAACCAAGCUGGUUCAACCGGGCGAGGCUAUGGUGUCAGGUGUUGCUAGUGUUGUCAUACUUUUUA